AUGUCAUUAGUUUCUGAUCAUGAUGUAAUGGAUAAAGAGUUACUUGUUAAAUAUAAACAAGUAGCUAAAUCUAAAAUUCAAAAGUUCUUUAUCACUACUAAACUUGUAAUUGGAAAUAUAUUAUUUUAUUUAGAAUGUUGGUCAAUUGCAAUUAGAUCAAUAUUGUAUUACUUUUUUGUUGGUACAAAAUCAAAUCGUAUCAUUAAAGAUAUCAAAUACUCUGCUAAACGACCUAGAAAUGUUUGUGAUGUCUAUCUACCAAAAAAGAGUGAGACAUCGGUGACAACAAAGAUUAGACCAUGUUUGGUGUUUGUACAUGGUGGAUCUUGGGGAUAUGGAGACAAGAUUCAAUAUAUUCUACUUGGAAAACAAUUGUCAGAUAGAGGUAUCAUUGUAGUAGUGUGUAACUAUACCCUCUAUCCAAAAGGAACAGUCACAGAGAUGGUAGAUGAUGUUGAACAACUACUAGUCCAUGUAAAGAAUCAUGUACACGAGUAUGGAGGAACACCAGACAAUAUUCAUUUGGCAGGUCAUAGUGCUGGUGCUCAUAUCACUGCCCUAUACGUUUGUACACGUCUCAUCGAACAUCCAUCUUCCACUGCCGUACCAUCUGCCCCAUCUAUUCGAUCAUUUAUUGGUAUGGGUGGUGUUUAUGAUAUUUCUGAUCAUUUUAUUCAUGAAAGUAAAAGAGGACUUGAACAUGUAUCACCAAUGAGACCAGCAUGUAAAGGACCAUCAAAAUUUAAACAAUAUUCACCAUGUCAUUUACUAGAGUUACACGAAGAAAAAUCAUUGACACUACCUUGUAAUAUUUUCUUGUUGCAUGGCGAACUUGAUAAGACGGUCCCAAUAAGCUCUGCCGAGAAAUUUGAAUAUAUAAUUUCAACGCGAUUCAAAAGUAAUAACACUAGAAAAGACAGUCCAUAUAGAUAUAUAUUCAAUCGUUAUCCAAAUGUUGGACAUAUCGACUUGGUAUUUGGAAUUUAUGAUGACAAUGCUCCAAUCAAUGUUGAUGGUAUCGAUUAUAAUACAAGUACUUCUCCUGAUAUGAAAUCUACAAAGAAAUCAGUCCUUCAAGAUAUCAUUAGAUUAAUUGAUCGUAGGACAUAA